AUGCCGAAAACAACCACAGAUAUUCGAAAGGACCACAAGAAGUGGAAGUGCAACGGAAACGUGGGCAAUAAGCCUUGCGGCAAGGUACACGACAUGGGCAAAGUCUACUGCGAGUGCGGCAACAGGCGACAGAUCAAUGAUGAAGCUCUCGCUGCUGACGGAUCCACGAUUGGGCAGAUGUACAGGCUGGAGGAAGACAUGACUGAGCACUGGGAGUAUACUAGUCCUGAGCCUCUGUAG